AUGGCCGACCAGUACCGCCACGCGCACGAGCAGGCCGGCGAGCUGCCCCUCCGGCACAUCUUCCUGCCCAGCGGCUCGUCGCCCGCGCUGCCGCGUGCCGCGCACCCGGCCGGCGGCCACGCGCUGACGUCCACGGUGUUGACGCCCGCCGCCACGCGCGACUCCGAGCUCCACUUGACCCAGCAGCAGAUCCACCAGCUCGAGGGCUUGUUGGAGCAGGCGCGCGGCCAGCCGGACGACCUCCCGCUCCGCGGCUCGCCGCUCAAGCUCUUUGGCAGCGAGUACGACACGUUCACCAAGGCCAUCUUGACGCGCUUCGUCGACCAGGCCCGCUCCACGGCCAACAGCGUGCAGCGGGCGCCCGCCCCAGAGCCCGUAGAGCCCGCGCCGUCCGCGGAGCUCGCGCCCAGGCUCAACAUCAAGCACUUCACCCGCGCGGGCGACUACACGGACCACGACUUCAUGCAGAAUGCCGACCACGUGUUUGCCCAUCUCCAGAGGAAGGGCUUGCCGGCGGACGCCGCCCGCCAGAAUCAGCCGCUCCUCUCGCACACCCAGACCACCGCCACGUCCACGCCCAAGCUCAAGCCUCGCGACUCGCUGGACAUGUACUCGUACUCCACGCGCUCGCACAGCGACCUCCCACGCACCCGCCUGUGCUCACCGCCGGCCGCGCCCAGCGACUACACCGCGCUCGACCGCUCCUCCUGGGCCUCCGGCGCCCGCCUGUGCUCCACGUUGGCGCUCUCCGACGACCACGUGGACCACGCGUCGUAUACCUUCGACGAGCUCUCGGACCUCGCCUCCCACUCCUCGGAGCAUUCCUCGCCAGUCCAGCCCGCACGCAACGCUCGUUCCACCCGCUUCCAUAGCCCGUCCCCGCGCCUGGACGACGCGCGCGGCGACUUGUUUCCCCUUUUCGAGAGCUCCAUGACUUCCGUCAAGCAGUUCAUGAAGCCCCCCAAGCGGCGUGCCGCCGCCUCUACCCGAGAGGCAAACGAUACGCGCGAGCCCGCUGCGGAAAAUCUCAUCAAGUGGAAACGCGCCUCGCAGCUCAGGCUCCUCAGUGCAUCUUCCAAGGCUAACCUCCCCGACAAGACCCAUCACUCCAACAAGACCCGUCACUCCAAUAAGGCAAACCACUCCAACGCAAACGCCCCUGGUGGGGCAGACUCUCACUAUGUCAAGGGCACGGUCAAGCCAGGUGCUUUUCCAGGCCAGUAUGGCGACAUGAUCUUCGACGCCCAGGAAAAUAUGUGGGUCUCCAACGACAAAAAGAACGAUGUUGGGGGGAGCCUUGAUUCCAUCGAGGACUUGUUUUCAGACUGCGACGCGCUGAAACUGCAUCUUCAGUCUAGGCCCGGUGUGCUUGUCCAGCCAGACAAAGCCAAAGACAGGCGCCCACUAGAAGUCUCGUUUCAGUUCCCCGCGAGUGAAAACAGCCCCGUCACUAAAACGCAUGCAGCCGACCUCACCAGUGUCUCGGAAUGCGGCAACGCCACCUUUUCGCAGUCCAACAAGGAGCUCGUCUCGCUUAUAACCGGGUCCACAAAUCAGAUUGUGUGGGACACCAUCACCUCCAUCGACCUAUCAGACAAAAACAUCGACCGCGUGGAGAAUUUGGAACAGUAUCUCCCCGCGGUGAAAUCAAUUGAUCUUUCGAAAAACAGGCUCAGGUUUAUCGAAGGUCUACCGCUGGCCUUGUUCGAGCUUGAUGUCACAAGCAAUAGCUUGAGCGACAUGGCGUCAUUCCACAAGUUCCACGAUCUCCAAGUCGUGAAUGCGUCUUUUAAUUCAUUCCGGUCGUUCUCUUGCUUGAGUAAUAAUGUCAACUUGACCAAAGUCAACUUGAUGGGGAACCAAAUCGAGUCGCUUAAUGGGUUUCCUGCCAUCCACGCAUUGAUUUCUUUGGACUUAAGCCGCAACCACAUCCGAGGCCAUGUUCAUCUAGAAAAUCUACAAUUACCAAAUCUCAAGGAAUUGAACCUUUCAGAGAAUCUUAUAUCAAACAUCACAGGAAUUGAGUCGCUUGAAAACCUUCGGAUUCUCAAUGUAAACGAGAAUAGAAUUGUGGCAUUGAGCUGUUCCAGAACUCAUAGGAGGCUCAAAAAGCUUUUGUGCAAAUUCAAUGACUUGAAUGAACUCAAGCUUGAUUGCUUUCCUUUCUUGAGAAUCUUGCGGCUCGACGGGAACUCGUUAGUAUCGAUCACAGGACUCAAAAAGCUCGAGCAUCUUCAUGAAUUGUCGGCGAAAAGUCAAAGCAGCCCACAGAUUGUGGAAAGUUUCUUCAGGGCAGCUGCAGACGUACCAUCUGUUGAUUUUUCCGGAAACUCUUCUUUGGUUCAGCUCUUGCCUAAUAUCUCUGUGGACGCAUUUUACAACAUAAACCAAUUGAAUUUGUCUGCAGUGGGACUUUCUAUAUUGCCGGGCGAUUUCAGUGAGAAAUUCUUUAAUGUACGAGAGUUGAAUCUCAGCUUCAACAAGUUGAGCGAUCUCAAAGCCCUUCAAAAUCUUAAACAACUCAAGAAACUUCAAGUCCUUAGUAACAACAUCACGAAGAUGGAGGAUAUCUUGACUGGUUUGCAGAGGUCCAGGAAAACUUUGAAGUCACUCGACAUGCGCUUGAACAUUAUCAAUUUUGAAUUUUAUCCCUACGUAUUCAGUCCACAAGAACUACAGUUGGUUAAAGAGAACCAUGGAAAAUCUGCAGCAGAAAGCCCAAUCCCCAUUCAAGCUUUGGAAGAUAUUGAAAGCUUCACUAUCCACUACAAUGCAUUGAGUAAAAGCAGAAAUGAAUGGCAGGCUAGAGAUAACGAAUUCUUCAGACAAAUGAGAAAAGAGGGAAAGGAUAGAAGGUUAAAAGAAAGGCUCGACUACGAGACAAUUCUCAUUGGAUACUUUCCGAACCUCAAGGAAUUAGAUGGUAGUGAUGUGCCUCAUGAAAGACGCGCUGCGUUUGGCAAUCUCACUGGGCAGUAA